AAUCUUGGCAAUGCUUAUUACCGUCUGGGUGAUUUCAAAAAAGCCAAAGACUACUACGACCUAGAUCUUAAAAUAGCUCAAGAAGUAGGAGACAAGCAUGGGGAGGGUGGUGCUUAUGGUAAUCUUGGCAAUGCUUAUUACGGUCUGAGUGAUUUCAGAAAAGCCAUGGAGUACCACACCCUACAUCUUAAAAUAGCUAAAGAAGUAGGAGACAAGCAUGGGGAGGGUGGUGCUUAUGGCAAUCUUGGCGAUACUUAUCGCAGUCUGGGUGAUUUCAAAAAAGCCAUAGAGUACCACAACCUACAUCUUAAAAGAGCUAAAGAAGUAGGAGACAAGUAUGGGGAGGGUGAUGCCUAUGGCAAUCUUGGCAAUGCUUAUUGGAGUCUUGGUGAUUUCAAAAAAGCCCUAGAGUACCACAACCUACAUCUUAAAAUAGCUAAAGAAGUAGGAGACAAGCUUGGGGAGGGUAACGCCUAUGGCAACCUUGGCAGUGCUUAUGGGAGUCUUGGUGAUUUCAGAAAAGCCAUAGAGUACCACAACCUACAUCUUAAAAGAGCUAAAGGAGUAGGAGACAAGCGUGGGGAGGGUACCGCUUAUGGCAAUCUUGGCAAUGCUUUUCAAAGUCAGGGUGCCUUCAAAAAAGCCAUAGAGCACCACAACUUACAUCUGAAAAUAGCUAAAGAAGUAGGAGACAAGCAUGGGGAGGGUCGUGCCCAUGGCAAUCUUGGCAAUGUAUACUUUUAUCUGGGAGAUUUGAUUAACGCUAACAAAUCAUACAACCUAAUGCUCGAAAUUACCAAAAAGGUAGAAGACAAAUCCUUGGAGGCAUUGGCGUUCUAUUUAAUAGGACGCGUUUUUGAGUCACAGGGUCGACUGCCAAAAGCCGUUGAACAUUAUAAAGUUAGCAUAACCUUAUACAAUUCCUUGAGAGUACUUCUAAAAUCUAAAGAUGAGUGGAAAGUCAACUUUCGAAAUCGGUACCAAGACGCGUAUACGGGUUUGUGGAGAGUUCUCGUAGAGCAAGGUAAUAUAGAUGAGUCUUUACUUGCCGCUGAGAAAGGACGAGCGCAAGCUCUAACCGACCUCAUGGAAUCCCGUUUUUGUGGUGGCACAAGCCAGCACAAGGGAGGCGAUGAAGAUUUAGCAGUUUUAAAAAACGUUCCAUCGAGCACUGUCUUUCAGGCAGUGGACAAAGCUGAACUCAAUCUUUGGGUUGUGUCCUUAGGAAAACAAGUUCAGUUAAGACAAAGUAAACUUAAUGGUUCUGUUUUAGAGAAUUGUGGAGCUAGCCAGUCCUUUGAGUCGCUCAUGUGCUGUGCCUAUACACAACUUGGUGUUCGUUCUAACGUGAGAUGUGAGAAUCGAUCUUUGGAUGCUUUGAGGAAGAGCCAUUCAAAAGUGGAUGAGAAAACUAAAGAACACAACCCUCAACCUCCCAUCCAACAAAACGAAUGCUUGAGCACUUUGUAUGAUAUCGUUAUAAAGCCGGUGGCUGACCUGGUUCAAGGGGAUGAGCUAGUCAUUAUUCCCGAUGGACCCCUGUGGCUCGCUCCUUACGCUGCACUCAAGGAUGGUAAUUCUAAAUACAUGUGUGAAUCGUUCAGAAUCCGACUCGCCCCAUCGUUAACAAGUCUUAGACUCAUUGCCGAUUGCCCAGAUGAUUAUCACAAAAGCAGUGGUGCGUUACUUGUUGGAGAUCCGUGGGUAACCGAGGUUACUGACAGCAAGGGAGAAAAACCCCUCGAGCAGCUUCCGUCUGCUAAAGAAGAAGUAGAAAUGAUCGGAAAAAUUCUGAAUAUUACCCCAAUCACUGGCAGACAGGCCACGAAACGUGAGGUGUUGAAAAGACUCAGUUCCGUUUCGUUAGUUCACUUUGCAGCACACGGAUGUAUGGAAACUGGCGAAAUUGCUCUUACACCUGACCCAGACCGAAUAUCUAAUGUGCCAACGGAGGAGGACUACAUUUUAACAAUUGGAGAUGUGUUGACCGUUCAACUUCACGCCAAACUUGUUGUGCUUAGUUGCUGCCACAGUGGUCGGGGUGAGAUCAAGGCUGAAGGUGUGGUUGGCAUUGCGCGCGCUUUUAUAGGGGCUGGUGCUCGGUCUGUUGUGGUGUCCCUGUGGGCGAUUGAUGACGAGGCUACUCUCGAGUUCAUGAAAUGCUUUUAUCAACACCUUGCAGAAGGUAAACCUGCAUGCGAGUCACUGAACCUGGCCAUGAAAAGCCUCAGAGAAUCAGACAAGUUCUGCGACAUCAAACACUGGGCGCCCUUUUCGCUAAUUGGAGAUGACGUCACUCUCGACUUCAUGGGAAAGGAAAGAAAAAUUUGAAUAUUAAAUCACAUAAAUAAAAAAUUGGCUUUUCUUUCUUCUCAAAAAGAAUGAAAAAAUGGCGGAGGAACUUGGAAGCUUGAAAUGUCCCUCUAUUUUGGAAGUUUUUGGCUAUUUUUCAUUACUUUUUACUUUUUGUUAAAUGGAACUUGAGAUGUGUAACUUUACUUUGGUGUAGAAAUAAAAACAGUCUAUUUCAUUAUA